AUGGAAGAAAGGAAGCGGCCGCUUGGUGCUGCGGACGACGUCGCGCCGCCGAGUAAGCGCCAACAGGUCAACGGUAGUAAAGUCAAGGACGAAGACAAUAAGGACGAAACAUGGGUCGAGGACUAUCAAAAGGAUGCGAUAUACCGGCAAAUGCUCGAGUACAAACGCGACAAAGCAACUUUGGAAACUAGGCUCGCCGAGCUGACCAAGAAGGCCGCCCAUCAUGACGACCACCUACGGAUAGUCGACGCAUGGUGGCUGCAGCUUAUCGACGAGAUUAGUGUGAUGGCGAAAGGCGCGAUACCGGAACCUGACGACGCAGAAGCAGAAUUCUCCACCAGCACGCAGUUUCGAGAAGUAGAUGAAUUCCAAACACAUCUUGAGGCCCGCGGUUCAGAGAUCAAAGAGAAGGUCGAGAAGCUUCUGUCACGACUUGCGACAUCCAAAGGUUCAGCCACGACCAACAUCACAUCACUGGAGAAGCAAGUGAAUCAGCUACUGGCCAAGCAGAAGGGCUUUCUGGUCAAGCUUGACAGCCUGAAUGCUGAUAAAGAGUCUCUUUCGGACCAACUCAACACGGCCACGUUAAGAUAUAUGAAGGCAGAACGCAAGCUGGAUCGAUCGAAAAGCAAGGAGGUGCAGAGGCUCGAGGCCCGUGCUAUCGCUCAAGCCACUGGAAAGCCGCCGCCUUCAGAACAAGAAAAUGGGUCAGAGGUCAAGGAGGAGACUGGUGACCACGCAGCCCUGCAAUCAGCUCUCCAAGAGGCCACAGCGGUUUCGGCGAAACAAAAGGAGCAGCUAGAGACCGCCUUAGCGCGGAACAAGACACUUCAAGAGGAGCUCACGGCGGCGCAGGCGCGACUGACGAACCUGACAGACGAAGACUAUUCUCGUACGGAUGUCUACAAGCUGUUCAAGGUGCAACACGAAGAACUCGUCAAGCAAGUAAACCACUUGGAGUCGAGCAACAAGGUGCUGGUAGCAAAGAACGAUACCCUAAAUAAGGAACGCGAGCUUGGGCGGAAACAAGUCGAGAGCGAGGCCCAACGUUUGAUUGCGGAGCUCGAGGAGCAACUUCAGCAAGAGGAUACCACUCUGGCGCGGGUGCGCGCAGCUCGGGAUGAGGCCAUGGCCGAAUUGUCGCAACUCAAAGCCGUCAAGGCGCAAGAAAAGACCGCCACAGCACACAUGGAGGGUCUAGUCAACGCCAAGGAAGAACGGAUCAAAGCCCUCGAGGCCGAGGUCAGCCGUCUCCAGUCCAGCGAGGAUGUCGACAUGACUGGGCAGUCGGAUAUCGAUGCACUAUCCCUGGACGAGCUUCGCGUGAAAUACCACAAGCUGGCCAAGGACUACGAAUCGAUAGAGACCGAGCUGCCAUCCCUGACUGCGGCAGUCAAGAAAUUCCAAGCUGCGGCACACAAGAAGGUAGCAGACAUUGCUGCGCAAGAGGAGCGAGUGGCCGUAGCUAUUGCAGAAAAGAGCAAGGCCGAUCAGAAGUACUUUGGCGCUCGCAAGGACGCUGACCAGAAGGAGGAACUGAUCAAGAAGCUCCGGAUACAAAACGGCAAGAGUUCUGAAAUCAUCACCCAGCUGAAGGAAGUUGAAAUCCAGAACCGGACACUGGUCACCAACCUAGACAAACAAUUGGCGGACCUCAAGCAGACCAAUGCAAGCAUCAUGGCUGAGAACAAGAAGAGAGAAAUCUCCAGUACAGACGCUUUACGGCGGUACGAAGCGGUCAGGCAGCAGCUCAGCGAGCUCAGCAGUCUUGCCAGGUCCAAGGACUCAACCACGGCAAUGGCGCGGGAGCGAACGGUGAACCUAGAGGCCGAGGUAGAGAAGCUCAAGGUGCGCCUCGAGACAGCAGGCAAAGAACGAGACAAGUGGAAAGCCAAGAGUCUGAGCAAUUCUUCAGAGGAGGAAGAAAUGCUUCGGAACUUGGCCACCUGUUCGAUUUGCCGCAAUAGGUUCAAGGACACCGUGCUCCGCACCUGCGGCCACAUAUUCUGCAAGCCUUGCGUUGACGAUCGGAUCAGUAACCGUAUGCGCAAGUGCCCAGCCUGCAGCAGGGCCUUCGACAAGAGCGACGCCAUGAGCGUACAUUUAUAG